ACUUCCAUAGACGUUCACUCACGCAUGCAAAACGAUAGUAACGGGAUUAUUUCGCCGGACAAGUAGUUGUCCUCCUCUCUGGCUGUGAAACUACACAUUGAGUGUGUCCUUCAUGACACCAUACAGUCCUGUGUCUGUGCUGCUUCUCGGUGCAGUGUUUGGUGCGCAGAAAUGACGUCAGAGUGAGAGGUCGCUGCAUCGUCCUCCUCUCUUCACGUUUCUAUCUCUGUCUGCAUGUCGGUGAUUAUUAUCCGAUCAUGUGUUGCAACAACAUCCACCGUCCUCUGCAGACCUGUGUGGAGGUUGUUGGCAGCUGAUCAUCGUUGGUUCCACGCUGUGAGAAGAAGAAGAGCCGCCGGCAAACACUGCACUUCUUCUUUAUCACACUCAGCUACAGGGACCAUAAUGAGUAAGAAGCUGCUGGUGGAUGCAGACUGUGGGGUGGACGAUGCUCAGGCCAUCAUGUUGGCGCUGGCCGCCCCCAACGUGGAGCUCCUGGGCAUCACCUGUGUGCACGGAAACACCACAGUGGAGAACGUGUGUAAGAACACACUGCGAGUUCUGCAAGCCUGCAAUAAACUGGAGAUUCCAGUAUUUAAAGGAGCAGCUAAGCCGAUCCUUGGGAACAACAUUGAUGCGGGACACUUCCAUGGGCAGGACGGACUGGGAGACGCUCCGGACCCCAACGCUCCCGGUCUGGACUUGGUUCAGAAGGAGGGCGCUGUGUCAGCCAUGAUCAGGAUUGUCAAUGAGAACCCAGGAGAGGUAUGUCUGGUUGCCACGGCGCCCCUCACCAACCUGGCUCUGGCUGUGAGGAUUGAUCCGUCUCUACCGAGCAAACUGCGGGGGCUCUACAUCAUGGGAGGCAACACUGAAUCUCGAGGAAACGUUACAGUGUGUAGCGAGUUCAAUUUCUGUGCUGAUCCAGAGGCUGCGUACAUUGUGCUGAACGACUACCAGUGUCCCACCUACUUGGCCUGCUGGGAGUUUACCUGCUACAGCAUGCUGUCCUGGGAGUUUUGCGACGCCUGGUUGGCGCAGGACACCGAUAAAGCUCGCUUCAUGGCACGGAUCUUCCGCCACAGCUACGAGGCGUCACGAAGCGACCGCUUCGAGAAGGAGUUUUUCAACGGCACAGGUUUCAUUUCCUGUGACUCGUACGCCAUGGCAGCCGCCAUGGACGAUUCCUUCAUCACAGAAUGCGACCAUUAUCCAGUCAGUGUGGAGCUGACGGGCACACACACCAGAGGCAUGAUGAUAGUAGAUACUUUGGGCUUACUGAAGAAGACUCACAAGGCUUUUGUCAUGAAGAAGAUAGAUAUUGAGAAGUUCAAGCAGAUGAUGAUGGCUGCUUUAAAAUAACUAGGGCUGUCCUCGACCAAAGGAAUUCUUAGUUAACUCAUAGCACCACUUUAAAUCUUGUGUUUUCCAGAGAUGUGCUCAUAAGUUUUUGAAAAUAAGUCAUGCAUAAAAAAAUGACUAACUUAGUAGACUAAUGCCCAGACCACACUGGAUGCAUGAGCAGCGCGUGUGCGUCACGGAAACCUUUGUGG